CCUCAUUCUUUCUCUCUGUCUCGAAGUCCUUACGUGUGAUCUUUCUCCCAGACUUCCCCCAAUUGGUCACUUGAUCCCUUCAUUGCUCGCAGAAAUUCUUACCCGCCUACACGCUACUCACAAACAGAGAGUUGAACCUAGGUUGCUUUUAUUUGAUCUAAUCAAAUAAAAGGUGUCUCGAGUCCUCUAGUCCCUCAGCUGUGCGAGGGUUGUUGUAAUCUAUUCUCAAGACCUCUCUGUAUUCCUUCCCCUUUCUCCAAGGUCGACACGAGCAUCUCCGUCAUUUUUGGAAGACGCUGAAGAACGGCGCUUGCGACACUUCCCUGCGUACUCGACGAAUCGACGGACCCCAACAGCACCAGCAGAAGCCCAUUGCACCCGAACCCGAACGGAGACGAUUCCCAUAAUGGCUCCCUAUCUCGCCGAUGGCGCCGCCGCCCAACAACCGCCCCAAACGCAGCUGCGUAAGUGGUGGAAGGAGAGCUCCGUGUACCAGGUCUACCCGGCCUCGUUUCAAGACUCAACCGGCGACGGCGUUGGCGACCUCAAGGGCAUCAUCUCGCGCGUCGAUCACUUCAAGUCGCUGGGUGUCGACAUUGUCUGGUUGAGUCCUAUCUUUGAGAGCCCCCAGGUCGACAUGGGAUACGACAUCAGCAACUACCGCAAGAUACACGAGCCCUACGGCACCGUCGAGGACGUCGACGUUCUCAAGGACAAGCUUCACGAGCGUGGCAUGAAGCUCGUGCUCGACCUUGUCGUCAACCACACGAGCGAUCAGCACGAGUGGUUCAAGCAGUCGCGCAGCUCAAAGGAGAACCCCUACCGUGACUGGUACAUCUGGCGCAAGCCAAAGUACGACGCCCAGGGCAACCGCCAGCCGCCCAAUAACUGGAAGUCGCAUUUCCAGGGCAGCGCAUGGGAGUGGGACGAGACCACAGGCGAGUACUACCUCCGCCUCUUCGCGAAGGAGCAGCCCGACCUCAACUGGGAGAACCCCAAGGUGCGCGACGCCGUCCACGACAUCAUGCGCUUCUGGCUCGACAGGGGCGCCGACGGCUUCCGCCUCGACGUCAUCAACUUCGUCAGCAAGCCCCAAGACUUCCCCGACUCGGACCAGGAGGUCCUCUCCGGCUCCGAGCUCUACUCGGCCGGGCCCCGUCUGCACGAGUACCUCAAGGAGCUCGGUGCCAUCCUGCAGGAGUACGACGCCUUCAGCGUCGGCGAGAUGCCCUGCGUCAGGGACGUCAAGGAGGUCAUCAAGAGCGUCAACGGGGACCGCGGCGAGCUGAGCAUGAUUUUCCACUUUGAGUUCGUCGAUAUCGACAUUGGCCCCCACGGCAAGUUCUCCCCCAAGGACUGGAACCUGGCCGAGCUGAAGCGCAUCGCCGACAAGUGGCAGCGCUUCAUGUACACCAACAACGGCUGGAACGCUCUGUACCUCGAGAACCACGACCAGCCGCGCUCCGUCAGCCGCUUCGCCAACGAUGCACCCGAGCACCGUGUCAACGGCGCCAAGAUUGUCUCCAUGUUCCAGGCUUUCCAGGCCGGCACGCCCUUCGUCUACCAGGGCCAGGAGAUCGGCAUGGUCAACGUGCCCAAGGAGUGGCCGAUGAAGGAGUACAAGGAUAUUGACUGUCUGAACCACUGGAAUUUGCACAAGGACUCCAAGGACCAAGAAUACUUGAAGCUGCUCAAGUCGCAAUACCAGAAGAAGUCGCGCGACAACGCGCGGACGCCCAUGCAGUGGGACGCCAGCGCCAACGCGGGGUUCACGACGGCUGACGCCACGCCGUGGAUGACGGUCCACCCGAACCACACCGAGAUCAACGCCGCGUCCCAGGUGUCUGACCCAGACUCCGUCUUCAGUUUCUGGAAGACAGUCCUCGCGACAAGGAAGAAGCAUCUCGACAUCUUUGUCUACGGCGACUUCAAUCUCGUCGACGAGGGGCACGAGCAAAUCGUCGCGUACGCGCGGCGCUCUGAGGACGGCGCCGCCGCUGUGGUGGCCUGCAACUUCUCCUCUGAGACUGUCGAGUGGGCCGGCCUGAAAGGUGGCGUCAAGGAGGUGCUGGUCACCAACGGCGGCAAGACGACGAGAGACUUUAGCGAGGGCAAAGUCACACUUGGACCAUAUGAGGGAGCGGUGGUGCUUUUGGAGGCAUAGGUAUCUAGGCCACGCUACAUUAUAUGCGGGUCCGUACUUGGGGUAUAAAAGGGUAAGUGUGUAUAGACAGAGUUGGGAUACAUUGCGGUUUCUUCAUCAGACUUUCUCUCGCCGUCUUUAGGGCGCUUGCAGACUGUGGGCCUUGCAGUUAACGAAGGAGCUGUUUCCUGAUGACGAGCGCAAAUUUGCGACUUACCAGAACGGCAGGUUUCCAGGUUGCUCAGAGGGGGAGGGGGGGCGGUUCCUUGUGCACCCGGGCCCGCUAAGGUAUUCGCCUGGUUCGGCACUCCGGGCACCGACUUGGGCAGAAAUCUCUGCGCGAAGCAUGAGAGAGCUGGUUGACCCCUUAUAACUAGUCCUCCUUGCUUUCAACCCUUUUCGAUGGGAAGGGUCUCGUCCCACGUUCGGGAGUUUAGGGGGAAACGGUCAAUAUAAAAAGAAAAAGAUCAUCAGACUCAUGAUACUGUAUUUCAUCAACUU